AUGUCAAGUUUGAGGUCGAAUAGCCAAACUCAUCCUACUUCUUCCAAAACCCAAAAUCCUCACAUAGCCGUAGAAUUAGAACCAAUGUCAAGUAUAGUAACCUCACCCACCACUCCUCUCCCUCUAAAUUCAACCACCAUCAACGCCACUUUACUUCCAUUUCUUUCAUCUUCUUCACCGUCCGCUUCUCUCUACUGCCUCAAGCAAAUCCAUGCCCAAAUUCUCCGCUCCAAUCUUUCCCACUCUAUCCUUCUCAAACUCAUUAUUUCCUCUUCUUCUUCCUCCAUCUCCAGCCUCAGUUAUGCCCUUUCAGUCUUUAACCACCUCCCCUCGACUCCCCACCCUCCCCUCUCCAACAACCUCUUACGGGCUUUAUCUCGGAGCUCCAAACCCGAAACUGUUCUUUUACUGUAUGUAAAGAUAAGGGAGAAUGGAUUAUUUGGUUUGGAUAGGUUUAGUUUUCCUUUUCUUCUUCAAGCUGCUGCAAAAGUUGGUGCUGUAAAUGAAGGAAUGGAGAUUCAUGGAGCUGUUGCUAAGUUGGGUUUUGAUAAAGACCCGUUUUUGCAAACGGGUUUGAUGAGUUUGUAUGUUGGGUGUGGGAAGAUUUUGGAGGCAAGAUUAGUGUUUGAUAAAAUGUCUUAUAGAGAUGUUGUUAGUUGGAGUGUCAUGAUUAAUGGGUACUGUCACAGUGGACUGUUUGAUGAUGCAUUGCAGCUUUUUGAAGAGAUGAGAAGGUCAAAUGUUGAGCCAGAUAAGAUGGUGCUUUCUACUAUAAUAUCAGCUUGUGCUCGAGCAGGGAAUUUAAGCUAUGGGAAAGAAGUUCAUAAUUUCCUUAUUGAGAAUGAUAUUGUGCUUGAUCCUCAUUUGGUGAGCGGCUUAAUCUCUUUGUAUGCAAGUUGUGGUUGUAUGGAUAUGGCUAAAGAAUUGUUUACUAAUAUGUCAUCUAGAAAUUUGGUUGUUUCAACUACUAUGGUGUCUGGCUACUUAAAAGUUGGAAAAAUUGAAGAUGCUCGCUUGAUUUUUAAUCAAAUUUACGAGAAGGAUUUAAUCUGUUGGAGCGUAAUGAUCUCUGGUUAUGCUGAGAGUGAUCAGCCUCAAGAAGCGAUUAAUCUUUUUAAUGAGAUGAAAAUCUUAGGAGUACAACCAGAUGAAGUUACCAUGCUGAGUGUAAUCUCGGCUUGUGCUCAUCUCGGCGUGCUGGAUCAAGCUAAACAGAUCCAUAGGAUUGUAGACGAAAGUGGGUUUGGAAAAGUUUUGUCCGUCAACAAUGCGCUUGUGGAUAUGUAUGCCAAAUGUGGAUGUUUAGGAGCAGCAACAGCAGUUUUUGAGAAGAUGGAAAGAAGAAAUGUGAUAUCUUGGACUAGUAUGAUAAAUGCCUUUGCAAUUCAUGGGGAUGCCCACAAUGCACUAAACUACUUUCAUCAAAUGAAAGUGGAAGAUAUUGAACCUAAUGCAGUGACAUUUAUUGGCUUGCUUUAUGCUUGUAGCCAUGCAGGUCUAGUUGAAGAAGGCCAGAAAAUCUUUGCAUCAAUGAUUAACGAACAUAACAUUACUCCUAAACAAGAACACUAUGGUUGCAUGGUCGAUCUAUUUGGUCGAGCUAAGCUCAUAAGAGAAGCACUCAAUCUUGUGGAGACAAUGCCUUUGGCACCUAACGUUGUCAUUUGGGGUUCUCUGAUGGCUGCUUGUCGAGUUCACGGAGAGAUUGAAUUGGGAGAAUUUGCUGCAAAACGGGUACUUGAGUUGGAACCGGAUCAUGAUGGAGCACUUGUUUUCUUAUCAAACGUUUACGCUAAGGAAAAACAAUGGCAAGAUGUUGGGGAACUAAGAAACUUGAUGAAGAAGAGAGGCAUAGUAAAAGAAAGGGGAUAUAGUAGAAUAGAACUAACAAACGGAGUGCAUGAAUUCUCCGUGGCAGAUAGAAAACACGAACAAGCAGAUGAGAUUUAUGAGAAGUUAGAUGAGGUGGUUAAGAAGUUAAAAUUAGUUGGUUACUGUCCUAAUACAAGUAGUGUUUUGGUUGAUUUAGAAGAGGAAAUUAAAGAAGAAGUGGUUUUAUGGCAUAGUGAGAAAUUAGCCCUUUCUUAUGGACUGAUAAGUGGGGCAAAAGGGUCGUGCAUACGCAUAGUUAAGAAUCUUAGGGUUUGCGAUGACUGCCAUUGCUUCAUGAAAAUGAUCUCUAAGGUUUAUGAAACAGAGAUUGUUAUCAGAGAUAGAACUAGAUUUCACCACUUCAAACAUGGUUUGUGCUCUUGCAAUGACUACUGGUAAACUUCUUUUUCUUUGGCAGAUUUGAGUAGUAGUAAUGGGUAUUAGUAUUGCCAUCAAAGAAAGGUUCAUUUUACCUUUUCAAUUUGGCAAAAAAGAUCAAAAGAGUACAUUUUUGUGGUUUUGGACCAAAAAUUUAAUAGUUUGUCAAUUGCGGGCUAGUUUACACUCUAAUGCUGACCCAAAAUUGAUAAAUUAUAGGUGUUUUUAUUGAAAAACACGAAACUAUAUUCUUUUGAUCUUUGGUGCCAAGUUAGAAAGGCGAAAUGAACUUAUAUUGAAUGUAGUGGAUACACUAUAUAUGAACUUGUUUAGUCAUGAAAUGCUAUGUAGCACAAAAACGGGGAAGCAAUAGUGAAACAUAAGAAUGCAAGUUAUAAGAUGUAAAUAUAGAGUUUUAGAGUUUAAACAAAAUGCUGAAACGUCGGACUCCCUUAA